AUGGCGCUGGUUUAUGCACUUGCGCUAUGCCUUCGCGUGACUGAGCUGGUACAGCAACCCAGUAGUGCUCGCAACAUUUGCCAGCGCGCCUUUGGAAUAGGCCACCAGCACCCUCUCCUUCACCAUGAUCUCCGACUUUCCGUACUCUUUGCCAUCAAUUGCCUGCUUAAUGAGUGCUGGGUGAACUGCACAAAAAUUCUUCAGGUUCCUGCGCGUCUGAGCUCCGCCGCUCUUGUCAUUCCAACUUAUGGUAAUGGGUCUUAUCCCGAUCGUGUCGAUGUCAUCAAGGAAUGGCCGAGUCCUCCCUCCAAUCAUUCAGGCGUUGUUUCGUCAAAGGUUCCCACAAGGAUUCGAGAAGAUGGAAACAAUGUGAUUGAAUGGGGCUUCCAGAUUCGAAUGAAUGCCGAAGAUGUUGAUCCCGAUGACAUUGUUGUGUGGUUCAAACUCGGGUUAGAUGCCGACCAGAUUCCCGAGGAAGAGACAUCUCAGCAUGGAUUGAAGGUGGGACAAAUCUUCGUGGUGGUUGACGCAGGAGACGGCACAGUUGAUCUCAUCAGUUAUACGAUCAAGUCUUUGGCGCCUCUUCUUGAGGUCAGCGUGACAUCUCCUGGGUCGGGGCUAGGAGAGGAAGAUGGGUUUGAUAAUGACAUCGUCCACCGUGCACAGGAGCGGCUUAAUUCUCUCAUCAAGCGCCAGUUCGCCAUGUCCUCCCUCCCCCACGGAUCAUGGACCUUCCCUUGUGCACUGGCUACCAACAAAGAACUUGGCAUCCGCGCCGGAUGUAUGACGGUCAAAGCCACCGAUAUAUAUAUUAUCUACGAGUCUGUAAUCACACAGAUCGUCAAGCUCGUCAAUGACCAGAUUGGAGCUACCGAUGUGCCGGUCUACGCCAUCAUUCUAGUUGGAGGUUUCGGAUCUUCAAUGCAUCUUCAGCAGAGACUUAAAUUGGCAUUCAGCGACAGGUCGGGAAUGAAAGUCCUGCAGUCAAUUCAUGCGUGGGAGGCUGUGGUGAGGGGCGCUGUGUUUAAGGGUCUCGCACAGGUCAACCCACAGAGAUCCACAAUCAUCAAGACCAGGGACCAAGCAGCCCGCAAAGACUAUGGCACGGAGCUCUCACUUACCUAUGACCACAGCAUUCACCAAUCUAUCUUGAACAAGCGGUAUUGGGACGGUUACGAUGGUCAUUUCCGGGUUGACGCCGUGGAAUGGUUCAUCAAACGGGGAAACUAUGUUUCGAAGACCACACCAUACCGCAAGAGCUUCAGUCAAACAUCCAUAGUCGACUAUGGGUGA